AGGUUCUCCCCAACCUCCCCAGCUGGGGGUUAGAAAACGGGAAGAAUCAUAGGGCAGGAAGGGGAUCAUGGAGGUCUUCUAGUCUAACCCCUUCGUUGGGUCUUGUUUAGAUACUGCUAUGAAGAUCGGGCUUUUUCCCCAUUCUUUCAGGCACUUGUCCACCGGGAUGUAUUUAUGAUGGCGGCAACAUCCCAGGGUCAUGCAGUUGCCAUUUGCAACCUUCCCAGCUGCUUUCCAACAAGCAAAAGCCCAGGAGAGAAGCUGGGUGCACUUAAGAGCCCAUGUGAUUCACUUCGCGGCUGCACAAUUCACCCAUGAAUCAUGGCCAAAGAAAGGUCAUGGCUUCGCUUAGCAAUGGAAAUGCCGGUCCCAAUUAUUGUCAUGUCGAAGGCUACCUAUAAAUCAGUGAUUGCCUUCAUGGCCUGACUUUAUGCAACGAAGCCUCGCUGGUCGUGAUUUAGGGAGGCGUCCCGUGAACGCCACCCAGAUUUCAUUCUGCCCACACGCCGGGAAAGAACGCGGAUCCACACAAAGGAAAGAAAGGACGAAAGAAAAGCAAGCAUUUCUCACGCUUUCCACGUAGCGUCCAGGAGUGCAGAUGGAUGCCGAAGGAUUUGGCGAGCUGCUGCAGCAGGCAGAGCAGCUGGCCGCAGAGACAGAAGGCAUCGCGGAGCUGCCUCACGUCGAACGCAAUCUCCAGGAGAUCCAACAGGCAGGGGAGCGUUUGCGUUCCCGGACCCUGACCCGCACGUCACAAGAAACAGCAGAUGUCAAAGCAUCGGUGCUUCUCGGAUCCAGAGGACUUGAUAUAUCCCACAUAUCUCAACGCCUGGAGAGCUUGAGCGCCGCGACAACAUUCGAACCUCUAGAGCCUGUAAAAGACACAGAUAUACAGGGAUUCCUAAAAAAUGAAAAGGAUAAUGCUUUGCUGUCCGCCAUUGAAGAGUCCAGGAAACGGACCUUUGCUUUGGCAGAGGAAUAUCACCGGGAGUCAAUGCUGGUCGAGUGGGAACAGGUGAAGCAACGGAUCCUCCAUACGCUGCUGGCUUCUGGAGAAGACACUCUGGAUUUCACCCAGGAAACUGAGAUAAGUCCUCAACGUACGACCACAAGCCCAGAAUUUCUGUCGCCUAGUUAUGUCAGCGAGUUGCCUCCACCAGGUCGCAGUUCCCUGGAUAACACAGAGAUGGCAUAUGCCAGACAGAUUUAUAUGUACAAUGAGAAGAUUGUGAAUGGACAUCUUCAGCCUAAUUUGGUAGACCUCUGUGCUACUGUGGCAGAAUUGGAUGAUAAGAACAUUGCUGACUUGUGGGCCAUGGUGAAGCAAAUGACUGAUGUUCUACUGGUUCCUGCAAGCGACACGUUGAAAAUACGGACAAGCAUGGAGGUGCAGAUGGAGUUUGUAAGGCAGGCCUUACAAUAUCUUGAGCAAAGCUACAAGAACUACACCUUGAUGACGGUCUUUGGAAAUUUGCACCAAGCCCAGCUGGGUGGAGUACCUGGAACCUAUCAGCUAGUCCGCAGUUUCUUGAACAUCAAACUCCCAGUGUCUGUUCCGGGGCUGCAGGACGGGGAAGUGGAAGGUCACCCAGUUUGGGCAAUCAUUUACUAUUGCAUGCGAUGUGGGGAUUUGAUGGCCGCCAUGCAAGUGGUUAACCUGGCUCAGCACCAGCUGGGAGAUUUCAAAACGUGGUUCCAGGAGUACAUGCACAGCAAAGACAAAAGGCUUUCUCCUGCUACUGAGAACAAAGUUCGCCUCCACUACAGACGGGCUUUGAGAAACAACACUGAUCCUUACAAAAGAGCUGUGUAUUGUAUCAUAGGCCGGUGUGAUAUUGCUGAUAACCACGGCGAAGUUGCGGACAAAACCGAAGAUUAUCUUUGGCUGAAGCUGAAUCAAGUAUGCUUUGACGAGAACGGUUCUAGCGCGCCACAAGACAGGCUGACUUUGUCCCAAUUCCAGAAACAGCUGCUUGAAGAUUAUGGCGAGUCGCACUUUGCCAUGAACCAGCAGCCAUUCCUCUACUUCCAAGUCUUGUUCCUCACCGCCCAAUUUGAAGCUGCCAUCGCUUUCCUUUUCCGCACCGAACGCUUGCGUUGCCAUGCGGUGCACGUGGCCUUGGUUCUCUUUGAACUGAAGCUGCUGCUGAAAUCUUCUGGGCAGACUGCACAACUCCUGAGCCAUGAGGCUGGUGACCCUCCGGCCACCCGGCGCCUGAAUCUUGUCCGACUCCUGAUGCUAUAUACCCGCAAGUUUGAGUCCACAGACCCCCGUGAAGCCUUGCAGUACUUCUAUUUUCUCAGGAAUGAGAAGGACAGCCAGGGCGAAAACAUGUUCCUGCGUUGUGUGAGCGAGCUGGUGAUUGAGAGCCGAGAGUUUGACAUGAUUCUUGGAAAACUGGAUAACGAUGGCAGUAGGAAGCCUGGAGUUAUUGACAAGUUUACCAGAGACACCAAGCCAAUUAUUAAUAAAGUGGCUUCAGUGGCAGAAAACAAAGGAUUGUUUGAAGAAGCUGCCAAACUGUAUGACCUUGCCAAGAACCCUGACAAAGUCCUUGAGCUGAUGAACAAGUUGCUAAGCCCUGUGGUGUCUCAGGUCAGCGCUCCCCAAUCUAACAAGGAAAGGCUGAAGAACAUGGCACAUGCCGUUGCGGAGAGGUAUAAAGCACAAGGAAUAAGUUCCAAGAAGCCAAUGGACUCAACCUUUUAUCUCCUGUUAGACCUGAUCACCUUUUUUGAUGAGUAUCACGCUGGCCAUAUCGACAGGGCCUUUGAUAUCAUUGAACAGCUAAAAUUAGUUCCACUGAGUCAAGAGUACGUGGAAGAGCGAGUCGCAGCCUUCAGGCAUUUCAGCGAUGAAAUCAGGCACAAUUUGUCAGAGGUGCUGCUUGCCACAAUGAAUAUCUUGUUUACCCAGUAUAAGAGGUUGAAAUGUGCCAGCCCAGCCACGCCUGCUAGGCCCACCCGGGUCAUAGAGGACCGAGAUUCACAACUCCGAUCUCAAGCUCGGGCACUCAUCACCUUCGCCGGGAUGAUCCCCUACAGAACGUCAGGGGACACCAACGCUCGGCUAGUCCAGAUGGAGGUUCUCAUGAACUAGCUAGGCAGGGAAGUUGGUUCUUUUGUGUGCACGUUGAAAGGGUGAUGGUGACGGGCCUCCUGUUUAAUUUUCGUUUUCUUUUUUUGUCCGCAUUUCCCUCCACCCCAAUAAAUAAUUUCUUUGGAUUUAUA